AUGGCUGCUACAAGUGCUUUCCACUGGAUGCCCGCCUCCGUGGUGCUGCUGCUCUGCCUCACAGAGGUCUCCGGGACCACAAAGACUUACUAUGACACGCUCCGGGUCGAGCGGACGGCCACGGAGAGCCAGAUCAGGCAGUCCUUCCGCAGACUGGCCGUAAAAUACCACCCCGAUAAGAACAAGAGUGCCGACGCCGAGGCGACGUUCAGGGACAUCGCUGAAGCCUAUUCAGUGCUCUCCGACAAGGACAAAAGGAGGAGAUAUGACAGCGUGGGCCAUGAAGCCUUCGUAGGAAACGAGGCCACCGUUGAACCUGAGGACCAGACGAGUUUCCACUUUUCUUUCGCAGAUUUCUUCCCUGACUUUGAUGACACCUCCUUUGCGGAGGCUUCACACUUUCACUGGAGCUCCCUGCAGGAGGAGGAGCAUGUAGAGAGUUUUGACAUUUUUGAGGAGUCAAAUUUCAACUUUUACUUUGAGGAAACAGAUGACAGUGAAGAGCAGCGCCUGUACUAG